GGGAUUAGGGGAGUAUAAAUUCGAAGAAACAUCCUCGCGCCAAAACUGAAGUGCGAAGAAACACACAUCAAUUCGGCUGAAAUCUCCAAAAAUGUCCAACCUCUUCAUCGCCGUUCAAUGCUUCCAAUGCUCCACUAUGCAGGUGAAGCAGCGGAAGAAAAGCAGCAACAAAUGGAGCUGCGUCAUCUGCAACGAGAAGCAGUCGGUGCGGAAGGUGUUUUUCCAGGGAUCCAUGGCUAAAGACGUUCGGAAAUUCGUCCAGAGCUUCAACAUGUCUCGUCAAUUCGUCGAACAACAGCAGGAGUUGCUAGAAGAAACCCUAGUUCAAGAACAAAUUGAGUAUCAGCCGAACAAAAGACGCACCGAUUGGAGCGAGUACAUCGAACCUGACAUCAACGAUGUUGGAAUCAGUGAUGAUGAAGGAGACCUGUGCGAGCCAAAUGUUGUGACAGAGUUGCCAAAGCCAUUGUUCAAGAAGCCAAAACUGAGAGCUAAUUACUCUGCUGCUGGAUUAGAUCGUGAAGAUGGUGAAGAACUUAGAAGGCCAGUUUUUGGAAAGAGAAUCAGCAACAAGAAAAUUAAUAAUGGAGGUCCUUACAACUCCACAGACAUGGAGCCAAGAACAACAGUGAGAGAAAAUUCCAAAAGAGUUCAACUUAACAACCAUGACUACAAUGAUGAAGAGAUAGGUGCAUCUUCAAGAUCAAUGAUGACAAUUCCAAAAGGAUUAAGCUCAGUGAUGAAGAAACUAAAGAGACCAGUUUCGAAAUGGGAUGAUUUCAUUGAUGAUGGUGAUGACAUGCAGCUUGAAAGCAGAUGCCAAGAGAUUGAUCAUGCUGCUUUUGAGAUGAAGGUUAGUGAUGAAAUUGUAGAAGAUGAUGUCCAUCCUGAUUUCCUAUGAGUUUUAUGGUUUUCAUUCACUUGGUAAAUUUCAAUCCUGUUUUCUUUGAAUAUAAACUUCAUUUUGGAAAUUGAAAUCGACUCAUAGUUUAUUUGGCCAUAAAA